AUGAACAUUCGCGAGGCGACGAUCGACGACCUGCUGGGCAUGCAGAAUUGCAACCUGCACAACCUUCCCGAAAACUACACAUUACGAUACUACCUCUAUCAUGCGCUGACAUGGCCACAGCUCUCGUACGUGGCUGAAGAUGAAAAGGGAAGGAUCGUCGGAUACAUCCUUGGCAAGAUGGAAGAAGAACCAGCCGAUGGAAUCGCGCACGGACACGUCACCAGCAUCAGUGUGCUCCGCUCGUAUCGUCGACUUGGUCUCGCCAACAAGCUCAUGAAGCAGAGUCAGGAAGCUAUGCGAGACGUCUUUGGCGCAAAGUUCGUCUCGCUACAUGUCAGGCAGACGAACCGAGCGGCUAUUGGCUUGUAUCGCGACACACUCGGAUUCGAGGUCCACGGCGUCGAGAAGGGCUACUACGCUGACGGCGAGGAUGCCUUGCACAUGCGACUCAACUUUUGA